CUGUUUUAUUGUUUGUGGAGUCCUGCGGCUAGGAGCGCUUCCCAGACGGGAAGGAGGGCAAGUGGGCGGUUUAUGAUCCUGCCCUGUGCCGAGACAACAGAGCCGAACCCUUUGAUUUCUCCUGAGUAACCUGUGUGGGUGAACUUUAAACUGGGGGCCUGCUUGACGCUGGAUCUUUUUCUGCAGGGUGAGGAGUUAGCUCCAGAGCCUGGCUUUCUGCCUUUAGAAGGAAAGAUGCCCUGGAGAGGCGUAGGAUUCCAUUUAGUGAUGCUAGCCAUACAGCCAAGAGUCGGGGUACCUUGGCUCUCCUUCGCAAAGUCUUGGCAAGUGUGUCUGAAAUGACUGUACUGUUUCUUUUUCUAAAGCUUGUACUUCUAUGUAUUUCUUAUUAUUUUUAUUUUUGCCUGUGGACCUUCCACCAGAAAUUGGUGCUACAAUGUGGCUAGAGUAAACCUUUUUUUUUUUUUAAUUCUUUAAUCCUUCAUUUUCCUUUUAAUCGGCACGCAGAAGCACAAAGCCUGCCUGCCUCUCAGCCUUGUCUGGUUAAGUGGGAAGGGGCAGGCCCCUUUCAAGGAUCCGGGCCAAUUCUAAAAAGCCAGCAUUUUGUUUGUUGGGCUGCCCUUUGUCUCUAGAGGAUUUUGAUGUGAAAGAAGAUGAAAAAGGAAGGCUCCUCAGGUUCCUUCAGAAUCAAGGCAAGCCCAGGCUCCCUCUCACGUGCUGUGAGUUGGAUAAAUUUCUCCUCCCUGUCCAGGCAGACAAAGAGGCUGUUUCGCAGUGAUGGAGAGCUGUCCGUUUGUGGGCAGCAGGUGGAAGCAGAUGAUGAGAACUGGAUAUACAGGACCCAGCCCAGAAAAGCGGUUUCCAACUUAGAUGAGGAGAGUCGAUGGACUGUCCACUACACGGCACCAUGGCAUCAGCAGGAGAAUGUGUUCCUUCCCACCACAAGACCCCCCUGUGUUGAGGACCUGCACCGCCAAGCCAAGCUCAACCUCAAAUCAGUGCUGAGGGAAUGUGACAAGCUGAGGCGAGAUGGCUGCCGAAGUUCUCAGUACUAUUCUCAGGGACCCACCUUUGCAGCCAGCUCCAGCCCCUGCGACGAUUAUCAAGAUGAAGAUGCAGAAACAGACCGAAAGUGUUCUCUCUCUUCAUCUGAAGAAGAAAGAUUUAUUGGUAUCAGGAGACCUAAAACACCAACCUCAGGUGACUUCUCCGACCUUCAUACUCAGACGAACUGGACCAAGUCCCUGCCUCUGCCGACACCAGAAGAGAAGACACGGCAGCAAGCCCAGACAGUCCAGGCUGAUGUGGUUCCUAUUAACAUAACUGGGGAGAAUUUCGAUCGUCAGGCCAGCCUUCGGCGGUCUCUAAUUUACACAGACACUCUGGUAAGACGACCGAAGAAAGUCAAAAGGAGAAAGACUAUUUCAGGAAUCCCUGACAUCAUUCAGAAGGAGCUAGCAUCAGCCACUGGCCAAGAUGGCGAUGGUAGUGCCCAUUCGCUGUACGUCCCAGACCACUACUCUACCUUAGGAAGGCUUGAUAGCUAUCGGUCCACAGGACAAUGCUUAGAAACCAGGGACUCCAGCUGUCAGACCGAAGAAGUGAAAGUCAUCCCACCAUCAAUGAGAAGGAUCAGGGCUUACAAGGGGGUAGGCAUUGCUGCCCAGAUGAGCCACCUCUCAGGUUCCUCUGGCAACAUGUCUGUGCUGAGUGACUCAGCUGGCAUUGUGUUCCCAUCUCGCCUCAAUAACGAUACUGGCUUCCACAGUCUUCCACGCACUGGCACAAGAGCAAGCACGUAUUCGCUGGAGGCAAGGAUGGGUGCCCUGGGCUCUGCUGAAGAUACGGAUGACACUUUUCCCUACCAGGGGGGUAACUCACAGGGGCAUGAAAACUUUGCACAUUUAGGAGGUGCCUCGAGUACCGGAAUGCUUUUGAGGCCCAAAUCCCAGCAGCUGAGGUUCUUGGAGAGUCCAGCGUGUGUGGUUUCACCUCAUGCAGCCUACUCUACCAGCAUCAUCCCAAAUGCCACACUACUGUCCUCUUCAGAGGUUAUUGUCAUCCACACUGCUCAGAGUGCAGGGCAGCUGGACAGUAGAACGCCCGGCUCAUCUUCAUACUCAAAGAUAAAACCCAGAGACCGUCCUACACCCAGAUGUUCUGUGAAAGAUGACCAUCAGUCCCCCCGUCAUCACUGGAAGGAAGGUCAUAUCGUUCAUUCACAGGCUUUAGCCUCCUCUGUCCCUGGUGCCACCACACUGUUAUCCCUCCAUGACUCAGAGGUCUCUCUAAAUGACCCAACAAAUAGGGAGAAUGGAUCCCAAGCCAUACUCUAUCAUUGUAGAAACAACCUGAGCUUUCCUGCCCACUCUCCAGAUGUGGAUGGCAAGAGUGAGUGUAGUUAUUCAGGGGAAAGGGGAUGUGGCAAUGCUGAGCCCUGGGAAUAUAAAGCCUCCAGCAAUGGGCGAGCAUCCCCGUUGAAGCCACACCUGGCAACUCCUGGUUGUUCUACUCCCACAAGUAACGUGAGCAGCUGCAGUUUGGACCAAACAUCUCUCAAGGAGGAUGCCAGGUCCCUGUAUUCAGAGGACCACGAUGGUUACUAUAUGACCACUCACAGUGGUUCUAGACAUGAUGCUGGGAACUUGUACAGUAUCAGUGAUGGCUUUGGGAACCCCAGGCACAGCAUGGUCAAUGUUUUCGACGGAAGGGCUCAGAGAAGCCAAGGGGAUCAGGCCACUCACCAGGAUAAAGUCCUUUCGAGAAACAUCUCUCUGAAGAAAGCAAAGAAACCACCCCUGCCACCAUCCCGGACAGAUUCCCUGCGAAGGAUUCCCAAGAAGAACAACCAGACAAAUGGGCAGGUGCUCAACGAGAGCCUGAUCGCCUCACUCCAGCAUUCGCUUCAGCUAAGCCUUCCUGGCAAGGGCAGCAGCUCCCCUUCCCAGAGCCCCUGCAGUGACUUUGAGGAACCCUGGCUCUCCAGGUCCAGAAGCCAGAGCAUUGUUAGCGAGGGUAGUAGCUUGACCUCCACCACCACUCCCAACGUGUAUUCUCUGUGUGGGGUCACUCCUUCCCAGAGCGACACGAGCAGCCUCAAGUCAGAGUACACGGACCCUUGGGGUUACUACAUUGACUACACGAGCUUGCCGGAAGAUCCAGGGAACCCCACAGGGAGCUGCUCCGCCAACACUGAGGUAGCAACUGGAAAUGGGCCAGUACGCCACAUCCAGGAGGGGUCGAGAGUCCCAGUGCCUCAAGUGCCGGGCUGCUCAGUUAAACCAAAGAUCACCUCCCCAGAAAAGUCCCAGAGAGUCACCUCUCCAUCCAGUGGGUAUUCUAGCCAGUCGAAUACACCCACAGCACUCACCCCUGUGCCUGUGUUUUUAAAAUCAAUGUCACCAGCAAAUGGGAAGGGGAAGGCCAAGCCCAAGGUACCAGAAAGAAAAUCAUCUCUGAUCUCUUCUAUGUCCAUCUCCUCAUCGUCCACUUCUCUCUCCUCUAAUACUUCUACGGAAGGAAGUGGGACCAUGAAGAAACUGGAUUCAGCCCUGGCCUCGGUCCUUGUUCCACCCCCUCCUCCUCUUCCCCCUCUGCCUUCUCCGUGUCUGGCAGACAAGUCCCCCUUUCUUCCACCUCCUCCUCCACUAGCGGAUUGCUCCGAGGGCUCUCCUCUGCCGCCCUCUCCCGUAUUCCCCCCUCCACCACCAGAAGCCCUUGUUCCCUUUUGCUCCCCCACUAACAGGUGCCUUUCUCCUCCCACAGCAGUUAGCCCCUCUCUUCCAAGAUCCUCACCUCCUUUGCCAGCACCUCCACCUUUCUUGCCCUCAUCAGAACCCCCACCCGCUCCGCCUCUGGACCCCAAGUUCAUGAAAGAAAACAGGCCCCUUUUCAAAAACUCUAGCCAGUCCGAAUCCUCUAGGGAGGCUCUCCGGCGGCCUGCCAACACGGAGGAGGGCUGCCGACCCCCCAUGCCCCUGAUCACCACCGAAGCUUUGCAGAUGGUGCAGUUGAGGCCAGUGAGAAAGAACUCAGGUGCCGAGAUAGUCCUGUUUUCUGAACCAUCAGCUCAGGAACAACGAACUCCGACUGCUCCACAGUAUCACUUAAAGCCAUCUGCUCUCCUCAAAUCCCGAAAUAGCAUAAAUGAAAUGGAGAGUGAAAGCCAGGCUGCCUCUGUGACGAGCUCGCCUCCGAUGCCUGCCAAGAGCCAGAGUCAGGGUGACCAUGACAGUGCAGUCGAGCGUGGCGGCCUUCAGAGCUGCAGCGAUGGAGCUCCAGGCCCGGGUCCCAGCCUCAGGACCACUCUGCUCCCAGACUCUUCACCCAGCAGGAAGCCUCCCCCCAUCUCCAAGAAGCCCAAACUGUUCCUGGUGGUACCACCUCCGCAGAGAGAUUUCACAGCGGAGCCCACAGAGAACGGGAGCGAAGCUUUCCCAGGCGUGCCCAGCCCUACCAGGGCAGAGGGGGAAGCUGUGCACAGCCAAGAGGAGAAAUCCAGCCCAGCAUCCCGAGUUGGCUCUCAUGCUACGGCCCCCACCCCCAGCAGUCCGGCUCUAGAAAGAGGAACUGCAUGGUCCUUGUCGCCUGGCAUUGUGGAAGCCAAUGCCCCCAUGGUCCAACCUAAUACAUCGCAGGGUCCCACACAGGAGGAGUCAGGCGAGAGCAGCGUGGAUGGUGAGAGAAAUGCGAAGAGCUGCCUGUCUCAACAGGGCAGAGAAGCUGGGUUGCUGGAACCCAACACAGCGGCUUCCUCUUCAGACACCCUGGACUUACCUAAGGAGGAAGGAAGCGAUGAGGUGCUGACUCCCACUAAACCCAGGACCACAGAGGACCUGUUUGCAGCCAUUCACAGAUCCAAAAGGAAAGUCCUUGGCCGGAAAGACUCGGAAGAUGAUCACACUCGAAAUCACUCUCCUUCCCCGCCUGUGACACCCACGAGUGCUGCCCCUAACCUGGCCUCUCCAAAGCAAGUGGGGUCCAUCCAGAGAAGCAUAAAAAAGAGCACUACCAGCAGCGACAGCUUCAAAGCUCUGCUGCUUAAGAAGGGGAGUCGCUCGGACGCCAGCGCACGCAUGUCAGCAGCGGAGAUGCUCAAGUCCACGGACCCUCGAUUCCAGAGAUCCAGGUCGGAGCCUUCACCAGAGGUCCCAGACAGCCCAUCCAGCUGCUCCCCCAACAAGAACAGGAGAGCUCAGGAGGAGUGGGCCAAGAAUGAAGGCCUGAUGCCUCGGAGUCUGUCCUUUUCGGGUCCUCGGCACAGCCGCAGCAGGACGCCGCCCUCUGCGGCCAGCAGCAGGUACAGCAUGAGAAACCGCAUCCAGAGCAGCCCCAUGACAGUCAUCUCUGAGGGAGAGGGAGAACCUGCUGAGCCAGCGGACAACAAAGCACGCAGGGCCCUGGACAUUGCCGGGGUGUGCUCUCUGGACAGACUGUCGGGGCAGGAGAUGGACCGGGACAGCCUGCCCUGUAGUGAGGAGCCCGCCUCUGUGGAUGGGAUGGGGAGGGCUGAGGGCAGUGAUCCCUUGGAGCAGUGUGGGGGUCCUGAACAGAAGAGUUAGUAUCAGAACCUGCCUCUCAUGAGUGAGGCAGGACGGUGAGCUGUGCAUCGCUCUAGGAAGUCUCUGUGGCCUUUUCCUGGCUUGUGGGGACCUCAUUCAGCAUUGGUGUUGGGGAGGUCUCAGCCUUGCGGGUCUCUAAGGACUCGCUCGCCAUGUGGCUUAAAAGCAAGUAGAAGCUUCAACUUCUGAAAGUGCUUCCUGGGGAAGAUGGUUUUGUUUCCUUGUUUGUUUUGUUUUGUUUUUCCCAAAAUGCUGGGUGUGUGUAUAUGUGUGAAUUUUGAAUACUUCAUUCUAACACAUACACACACACUAAACGUUAUGUCUAGAAAUAGGAGAAAAGGUUUUCAGGUAGAGUAACGGAGUCCUCUAGACCUGGGGUGGUAACUGCUUUCAACGCAUUAUGGGUAUGGGAAUGUGUAAGCUCACUAAGAGGAGACUGAAAGCCGUUACUUCUAACAGGCAGUGGGCUGGUUCUAAGUAUAGAACGUGUCUGUGUGUACACUUGCUCUAGCUCAAGACACACGGGAAACCAUGAAGGGGCUGGGGAGUGGCUAAGCAAUUCAUUGGUUUAGGUACUUUAGGGGGUAGGGGAGGCCUUACUGCCUCCUCCUCCACUUGUAAAAAUUACACAAAUGGAAGUGGCAAGGCUGUGUCCUGUGCCUACUGCCCUGAUGUUAGAAGCAUGGGUGUUGUGUUUGUUUGUUUGUUUUUAAUGAAUUCCCUCCUGGAGUUGUUAUAGAAGAGUGAGGAAAAGAGGCAUCAUGAGAGGAGCAUGAGAGAAGGGUAGGGGAGUGAUUGAUACUGCUGGAUUUGUUUCCUGCUUAUUAAAGAAAAUAUUUUCAGAAUUAAAUCAGAAAACAUGCACUGUUGAAUUAUGGGUGAAGCUUUUCUUUUAAAGAAUUGUUUUGUUUUACAAUCAGAGUUUUCACUUCCAUAUGACAAUUUGUCACUUGAAAUGUGACAUUUGGCAUUUGCUAACUUUUGGCUAUACCAAAGAAAAACAAUAUGGCUAUUUUCACCCCUGAACUGCUUACAGCAUUGUGUUUUAAUUUAGAAGGUUUACCAAAAUCUAUUAUAUAUUAUCUCACUUUGAAGAAAACGCUGACUCUUGUUAGUGACAGAAAUUGAUGAAAAUCAGUGGGGCGUGGUUAUGAAUUAGCCCUGGGAAAUGAGUUUUUAUAUUAAAGAGAUUUCUUUUCUUUUCUUUCUUUCUUUCUUUUUUUUUUUUGCACCACCUGGUUUGUGUGAUUUUCUAUUUGUUUGAGUAGAGUUGCUGAGUCCCUUCAAGGCUCCUCCUGUCAGAAUUGCGAACAUGCCUUAGAAUGGGGGUAUUUCCUUUAGUAUAGCGCCCUUGUGACCUUCACCCGCUUCCAGGUUCUGUGUGUCCAGCGAAAACACACCCUACCUUAUCCUCACCGUGGGUGCACUGAGCGACUGAAGCUGCUAACAGUUGCCAUUGACAAUGUGUGAGACUAUCUGGAGGUUAAACCACACAAGCCAAAGCAUGGCAGGGCUUCUUCCACAGAACCUUUGACAGCCAUUGCAGAUACAUCUCUGAGGAGAGAAUUUAGCAAGCAAAGCACUUCUCACAGCUACCUGACAUGUGGCCACAGAGGUCUUUUUUUAAAAUCCGCUGUGUCAUUUUUCAAGUGCAUAGGGCACACAGAUCAUUUCUUGUAAAUCUUAGAAAGGCCAUGUUGACAUCUGAAUACCUAAAAAAGAUUAGAAUGUAUGUGGAUAUCAGAAAUCUUAAACUUAAUAUAUCAAUAUUUGUUUGAAGGUGAGAUAAGCAGCAUUAGAACUAAUUAUAAAAUGAUUUAAAAUCCCUCAUUUAAAAAGUAUUUAUUAGGUUUUAAGUUUGUUUUCAAUAAAACAAUUGUAAAGCCAAUAUUUGAAA